UAUUCCAAUGAUAUAUCGUCCACGCAGCUUUUUGAUAAUUACAUUUAAGUUUGUAUCCUGUUGUGACGAUUAUCUUAAAUAGACCAUUUAGUUGUGUUUUCGUAAAAAAAAAAAUGUAUAUGCACAAAUUCGUUAUGGCGUUGAAGCUCCCGUGCGCGUGCUCGUUGGGCUUGUUGCGAGGGGUGGAAGCCUCGGGGGCGCGCACGCAGGAAGUCCCGUCGCGUCGCGUCACGUCACGUCACGGGUCCGCAUCGAGCGACACAAGAGAUGCUGAGGUGACAGCCCCGAGAAGGAGAAACAUAUUGGGAACAUUGGUUUUUUUUUCUUCCGGUGUCCACGCCGCGAGCCGAUCCCGCUGCGCGUUCUCCGCGGAUGUAGCGGCCGUCGCGCAACCACACCCGCCGCCGGGUUGCUGCUCGUGGAUUUUUUUUUUUUUUUCUUCCCCGGGAUCGAGGGGAGGUAAAGCCCUUCACUUUGCACGCUCCCACGCCACGCCAUUUUCUCGCAGCGUUGCUGUUUGCGUUGCCACGAUCGAUUGCGUCGUUCCCAAACCGCUUGUUUGGCGACGCACUCGCCACGCGACGGUUGCGAAGUGUCCACGCACGUCCACUGCGGCGGCCGACGUGCUCGGGAAACGCGUCACGCCGCUUGCUUCCUAUUGCGGUUGCGUUUGAAAGGUUCCGGAUGCUCAACCCCUAACUGAUACCGUGACUCGAGAGUGGGAGGCGGGCCGUAGCAGCCCGGGUCUUCAGGCGGCAUGAGCGGGGGAACGGAGCAAGCCGACAUCCUCAGUGUGCUCUCCCUGGUGAAGGAACGAUGGAAAGUGGUGAAGAAGAUCGGGGGCGGUGGUUUCGGGGAGAUCUACGAGGCGCUUGACCUGCUGACCCGGGUCAGCGUGGCGCUCAAGGUGGAGUCAGCGCAGCAGCCCAAGCAGGUCCUCAAGAUGGAGGUGGCCGUGCUCAAGAAACUCCAGGGCAAAGACCACGUGUGCCGCUUCGUGGGAUGCGGCCGCAACGACCGCUUCAACUACGUUGUGAUGGAGCUCCAGGGUCGUAAUUUGGCCGACCUGAGGAGGAGCAUGAGCCGGGGGACGUUCAGCAUCAGCACCACCCUGCGUCUGGGCCGCCAGAUCCUGGAGGCCAUCGAGAGCAUUCACUCCGUGGGCUUCCUGCAUCGUGACAUCAAACCAUCCAACUUCGCUAUGGGUCGCUUCCCCAGCACCUGCCGCACAUGCUACAUGCUGGACUUCGGCUUAGCCCGCCAGUUCACUAACUCAUGCCAAGAGGUCCGACCGCCCCGCCCGGUGGCAGGAUUCCGGGGAACGGUGCGUUACGCGUCCGUCAACGCACACAAAAAUAAGGAGAUGGGUCGCCAUGACGACCUGUGGUCCCUCUUCUACAUGCUGGUGGAGUUCCUUGUCGGCCAGUUGCCGUGGAGGAAGAUCAAGGACAAGGAGCACGUGGGCAAAUUAAAGGACACGUACGACCACCGUUUGAUGCUCAAACACCUGCCGGCGGAAUUCGGCGUCUUCCUGGAGCACAUCUCAAGUCUGGACUACUUCACCAAGCCCGACUACCAGCUGUUGAUGUCAGUGUUCGACAGCAGCAUGAAGACGUACAACGUGGUGGAGAACGACCCUUACGACUGGGAGAGGACGGGCACGGACGGCACCCUGGUGAUCAGCGCCAGCGCCACCACACCGCAGCACCACACCCGCCUCACGCCCGCGCACAUGGGCAUGGCCAACGCCUCCCUUAUUCCGGGUGACUUGAUGCGUGAGAACACCGAGGAGGUUCUGCAAGAUGAGCAGCUCAGCGACGCCGACAACAACGUGGCCGCACCCGAACGUGUGCCGGGUUCUCCGGGCCACCCGCCGCGGACGCAGGAGGCCGACGUGUGGGAGGAGCUGGACCGCAACCGCAACCGGAUCCACACGGCCUUGUGGAAGGCUGCCGCCGAGGAGGAGCAAAGCAACCCCCAGGGCAACCAAGGCCACCCGAGCCCGUACGGAUGCCCCAGCCUGGCCUCGCCCGUCAAGAUGUCUUCAGAGGAGCGCGAGGGCCCUCUGCUCAGGAAGCUGCGCAACAUCCACAGCUUUGAGCUGGAGAAGAGACUCGGCCUAGAGUCCAAACCCAAUCCGGAACGCUUCCUCGAGGCUUGUCCCACAAAGCAGAUACUCAGCUGCGCCCAGCAGCAGCAACAACAACAAGAGGAGGAGGAGGGAGCCGAGGGGGCCGCCAUCAUUCCAGUAAACCAGGCUCUAGCGCCCCCUACCGGAGAGCGUCGCGAGCGGGUUUGGCACUACGACGAAGAGUUCCUUUCCGGCGGCGGUGGCGGGGGAUCUCCUAAAGCGCCGUCCCCUGCCUCUCCGGAGCACGGCGACGGGGCGGCCAGCAGUGGGGGCUUCGUGGCCCUCAACCUCAGCUCGGGCCGGCAGGACGUGGACUCGCGGGACUGGGUUCUAGUGGAGCGGCCCGGAACCAAGGCCAGCUCCAGCCCUUCCGAAGAAGAAGAGAAGGAGGAUGAAGAGGAGGCGGAGGUCCUGCAAGAACCCGGGUGGGACCGGGAUGUGCCGAGCCCCGGCUCCGGGAAAGCAAAGCCAGACAGCUUGGGCUCUUCAAAGGGGAGCACGAAAGCCGACAAGCUGGAGCUCAGCGUGGGGCCCGCCGAGGCCCUGCCGCCCGUCACCCCUACCAGCCCCGCGGAAGUUCUGACCGAGGGGGUCCUCACCCAGCACCCUACCUCUCCUCCGUCCCUGCCCGAGGAAGUGGCCGCCCGGACCUCCGACCCCAUCCCUCUACGCUCCCCCAGCCCUUACACCCUCCUCAGCACCCUGUCGGACCCUCUCCACCUGCGCCAUCCGCUGGCCAUGAAGCGUAGCCAGUCUGCCGACCAGCACCGGGACCGCCCGCCGUCUUCCUCCUCUUGCCACGCUUCCUUGCCGCUUCCACCAAGACCCUCACCCAGUCGUAGGAAACUGCCCGCCAUACCGGCCGGCGCCGCCAAUGCCAACUUCCCCUCCGUUAUCCGUAUAACCAGGGCCCAGCUGCAGCAGUUGACGGCUCAGCGUCCGUCAGGGCUGUCCUCGUCGUCUGGGUCGAACAGCGCCCACCCGCCGCAGGGGCGUGACGAAGCCAAAGCGGAGCCCACCAGAGACUCCCCGGGGACGCCGCCGGUCAACGGGGACGCCUCAAAUCCGGUGCCGAGCUGCCGAAGCAGCUCCCCCCACACGCCUCGCAGCCCUUCUUUGACCAACGGACGCCGAUCGCCAAGCCCUCCCUGCACUGAGGAGGACAAUCCAGCCCCAGAAAAUGUGGGCAGCCGAGUUUCCCCCUCCGCCCCUCGCCCCCGGCAGAGUCGCAUCCCCGUGUUGGAACCCCCGCCCGCAGGCUCGGCCAAAGAAAAGCUCCUGCUGAAGAAAGCCAGCAAUCUGGCUCCGCUGCCGUCCCCCUCCGCCUCGCCGUCCUUCUCCGACCGCCGUGCCCCCGCUGCCGUGGCCUCCCUCGCCAGGGACCCGCCGUCGUCCGCCUCCGACCGCUCCCAGGAGGAGGACUCGCUCGUGGGCUCACGCUCGGACCGCCAGGGGGACGCCUCCUUGUCGUCGUCCUCCAGCCCCCUGUCCCGCCGGAGCAGGAUCCCUCGGCCUGUCCACUUGGCCUCGUCCGCCGAGCAGCUGGCCGCCCAGUUCCUGCCCCGCCCGCCUCCUGGGAAACCGCCAUGCCGCAGCACGGUGGAGGGCAGGAUCCGGCGCUACCGCAUCCGAGCGGGCAGCACCAGCGAUUCAGACCUCCUGACCUGCCUGGCUCAGCUAAUGCACGGAGCCCGCGGCUCUCCCGCGGCCCACCACCGCCCCUCGAUUCCCUACACCGGUUCCCGGACGACGGGCGUCAGCAGCCUGACCGGCUCGCCGCACCACGUCCGCAGCUCCAGCGCCUCGCCUCGCAGCUCGUCCUCGCUGCAGCGCUCCGUCAGCUCCUCGCCGUCCCGCCAAGAGCACCGCGGCAGCUUCGGAGGAGCGGGGGGCUGUCUGGGCCGCAGCCGUUCGCCGCCCAGCUUUUCCGGAUCGCCUCCGCUGCGCCGCCUCUACCACCACCACCAGGAGACGUGCUGCGGCCGGCAGGCCCGCGCCGCCGCCUUCCAGCUGUCCAGGGGGAAAGGGUGCAGUCGGGAGGGCAAGUGCUCCAGCAAGCUCGCCAGAUAGUUGCCCGGAAGGCGGACGAAGAACAGUUUUCGGUAUCUCUCCUUGUCUUUCCGAACCUCAUACCGCCCUCUUGUCCUGUAACCUUUUCUAAUAUUCAUGUUAUCGUGUUGGAUAACAAAAUAGUGCAGCUGCAAUUUUAUUUCCUUUCCAAGGGUCAGUAGUUCGUACUGUAGCACAGUGUUUCGCAACCUUUAUUGAGCCAAGGCAAAUAUUUUACAUGGGAAAAAUCCACACCACCAAACAAACAUAUCGAUCCAGUAGUAGGGACUAAGCUCUGCUGCGGUUAAAAAAAAACAACAUAAAAAAACAAAUAAUUCAGUAAUUCAAAUAUCAUUUCAAACUCAUCUUACAGUUACCCUUAAAAAAAAUUGGAUUACGGAUUUGAAUCGGAAAACAAAAUGCACCGGAAGUGCGCAUGCAUGUCAAUGUGAUGAAGACGCUCUAACUCCCACUAACAACCCAGGCUAAACCUAGCUCUUCCCCGAGAUACACAGCUUGUCUCUCAGUCAACAUGCUUCAUUAACACCGAUUCUUGUUCACACGGAGCCUUGGCGGAAUCUUGUGCCAUCUGAAGGCAUUUCAGAAAGAGCGCAAAACACGCGAAUACGUGCAAUCCGGAACACAAAACACAUAUGCUGACAGGAAGCAAUGACUUACUGUGUUGCAGGAAUGGCAACGUGGACAAACCUCUAAGGGAAGAGCAUUUAAUUGUUCUGCCUGUCACUGUACGUCGAUGGCAUAGAUAGCUGAACAAAGAAACAUUAUUUGUAGUAAAGAAUCAUUUUCCGAGCAACUCAAUGAAAUUUGAUAAUUUCCCGCGGCACAUUAGUGGUUGGGAAUCACUGCGGCGUAGCGUACUGUGUAAGUCGCUUCUCUGUUCAUUUAUUUCACAUCCACAGCGCAGUGUAUAGUCAAUUAUUUAUCACUAGUAUUGAUGCACUUGGUUUGCAUAUUGAGACUGUUUCAGUAUAGGCAGGCUGGGUUUUUUUGACCAAGCCGUGCCGCGGUGUACAGUUGUAUUCAUUGAGAAUACAAAUUUUGACGCUUCUCAUUGCUUAAACAAGUCUCUUGUUUCUGCGCGUAUGCUUAAAUGGAAAGAAAUUGUUACGAAGAUACAAUCAGUCGUGUCGAGUGCGUGGAAACACACGAACCUUCCUGUGCCUACUGUAGUCUAUUUUACCUUAUACAGCCUGUCCAAACCGGGAUUUAUCCACCUUUUUUGUGGUCAAGUGGUUGCACCAAUAUUCUGACUUUGGAGCUAGUAACAGAAGCCCCUUUCACACCAACUGAAAGCUGGCAUUUUUGCGUGUCGCCUUUCUGUACAAACGAGGAAUGGGUUGACUCAGCUCAGAAGCCCUUUUUACACUACCGGUGAGUCGACCUGGCAAAUAUUCUGCUUCCGUAGUAACAGAAGCCGCUUUCACACAAUUUGUAAGUAGUAUCAGAAAGGCGCUUGUGUGCAGUGGAAUUCCAAAAAAUGCCAGGAUGAAGGUGGGAAAUUUACCAGCCAACAAUCGCUUCUCCCACCCUGUUGCGCUGAAAGCUGUUGUCACUAUCCGACACUUAUUUUACACGUCGCGCCAAAUGCCGGGUCCUGUGUGAAAGGCGAAUAAAUGCCAGGUGUCUUGCCUUACAAUUUUGCAGGAUCUUUGUGUGAAGGGGGCUUGUGUUUCUAAGAAACAGGAACUGAAUUCGCCAACUUGUUAUUCGUUGUAAUAACAGUAGAAUCGAUAAGCGUAGUCAACACCAAGAAAAUUGCUGAUUAAUGAGUUCAUUUUUCCAGGCACUGGCAUCAAUUCAGUACUUUUUGUCCAGCUGUGUUGUAGUUUGAAAGCCAGAAUGGGAUGACACAGUUUAGGAACGCUCAUUCCAACGUCUCAUCCGAAUUAUAAGCUCUCAAGUGGGGGAAGAAAAAUGGAAUGACAUGCGGGGUGUUUGUGCAAAAGAUAACCACGUUUUAAUUCCACCACUCAAGCUUCUUCUCCGCUUGUACGAUGAACAGCUUCUUCUCCCCCACUACGUUAAUUAAUUCCUGCAUGCUUAAUCCACUACUAAGACAAAAUAUGAUGCAUCUUUUUACCUCACUGUGACCAAUAUGUUCAAAAGCUUAUUGCGCAAACUUCAUGAUGCUGAGCAAUUUUACAUUCUGUGACCUGGUUCUCAUCCGGCAAAUUUGAGUAGGAUUUCUUAUCAAAAAUUAAACAGUAAAUAGUGGGUGACUGACAUUAUUUGGAGGCUACCUGACCAUGCCUUGAAGUGAUGACACCAUGUUGCAGAGUUUUAUGGGGUCAGUUGGUGCUGCUGUUUUGGCAAGCAAUGGCAUUAGAAAAUGGACUUAGCGGUUAAUGGAUGAGAUAAUUACCAUCAUGGUAUUUUUUUUAAUGAUCUGAAAGGAGGUGUGUUAUUUGAGGCAGGUGUUUAUUCGCUAAGGUACAAUGGGGAUGGUCUCUUUUUGAUGAAAUACACUCAUUUUAUUGGAAUGGAUUUAGCAAAUGGAGCGAGGCAGCAAAGCAGAGACUAUGGAGUUCAACGCCGCAGCGUCCACACGCAGCACUUAAGGCACCGCACUGAGCGAAGCUAAUGUUAGUGUGUUUGUUUCUGGCUCCAUAUCCUCAAAUGUUAACGACGACGAAUCUGCUCGACCAAUCGGUUUGGAACCCCGAUUGACGUAGUACUAGAAAUAGUACCUUGUUUUUGUGGUGGAAAUCAGCCCAAAAGCGACUGGAGCCGAGUAGGUACCGUACAAUGAAAAAGGGGCAUAUUUUUCUGCACUGACUUUGAAUGAUUGUCUUUUUUUUUUUUAAAUAAUGGACUGCAUCCCCCCACACCUCCCACAAUUUGUGUUUUUUCCUCUUGACUUAUUCAAAUAGGCUGCGCAGACGGAUCACGUUGCCAAAUAUUUUGAUACGACAUAUGCUCCGAAGGGUCACGUGAGCGUGUGGAGCUGCUUGUCGGCGUCCAACGCGCCGCUUUUUCGGCAGUCGACUUUCGGUACGCCUCACCUCCGGCCCAUCUGAGACGCAAAAAGAUCAUUUUUCGCAUUGUAAAAUAAUCUCCGACACAUUUUAAACAGGCUACAGCUGAAGUUAGCUUGAAGUAACACUAAAACAGCUUCUUUGAAAAGACCGUCGCGUUUUUCGUUAUUAGCGUACACACGUGGCGUGCAGUCGUAGCGUUAGCGCAUUUUGUUUGUCGGAUUAGAAAGGGGUUGUUGUACUUUUAUGAAAUACUUGACGUUUUAUUUAUUUUUCAUGACAUUUUAAUGAUUAUGGACAUCUGUUAUUUGAAUGGGUAUUUAUUUUUUAUUAAUAAUUUUGUAUGUGUGUCUUUUAAUCCAUAAAAGUCUCCAUGGGAAAGAAUGUACCAUCUUUUGCAUUGUAUAUAAUUGUAAUUAUUUAUGUUGAUGAUUUUAUUUGUAUCAUAUCAAUGCCUUGUACAGUGAUUUUUCUUUGUUUUUGUUUUUUUUCCUUUUGAAAUUAUUUUGUAUUUUAUUUUUCUAAACUGGUUAUGAAUAAAAUACUCAUUCCGCAUGCAUAAUCA